AUGUCGGCACAUGCAGCCCGUGUGCAGGGGCCUUCAACGCACCGCGCCACCCCCGCUAGGACUGCAAGCGCAGCCCCUCUUGCGCCCUGUGCCAGCACCAGCUGGAGCGCCCGAUAUUGCAGAAAGCACUGCAUCCUGCGGCGGAUAGGACGGCAGUGGGCGACGGGCACCGCUGGCGGCAGCGGCAGCGGCGGCAGCGACGAGGCGGCAGGGACUGCAGAACCGGCCGCACCCAGCGGCGCCGUCGACGAGAAGGCGCUGCUGCAGCAGGCUCUGGAAUCUGGCAGCGACGACGAGGUGGCGCAGCAGCUGUCCCGCCUGCAGCACCGCUUCCCCACCAACCCUCACUACCUCCUGGCGGCGGCGCGGCUGGCAGCCAGGCGAGGCGCCGCCGCCGCAGCACGGCCCCUCUUCCAACGAGCCGCGCAGGUGGCGGCGGGGCAGCGGGAUGCCAGCGUGGCGCUGCAGGCCUGGGGCAUGUUUGAGUCGGACCAGGGGCGGCGCCAGGAGGCGCGGCAGCUGCUGCAGCGGGCGGUCGCGGCAGACGCGCGGCACGCCGGCGCGCACAACGCGUUGGGGCGGCUGGCCGAGUCGGCGGGCCAGCUGGCGGCAGCAGCGGCGCACUUCCAGGCCGCCAUAGCAGCCGAGCCCAAGCACGCGCCCUCCCUCCAGGCCCUGGCCCUGCUGGAGGCCAAGCGCGGGCGCCUGGCCAAGGCGCAGCGGCUGUUUGGGGCCGCCGUGCAGGCCUGCCCCAGCAACGCGCAGCUGUACCAGGCCUGGGCGCUGAUGGAGUGGCGGCAGGGCAACUACGGCGCCGCCAAGCGGCUGUUUCUGGAGGGGGAGGAGGAGUGCCUGCCGCACGCGCCGCUGCUGGCAGGCCACGCCAAGAUGGAGGCUCAGCGGCGCAACAUCGCGGCCGCUCGGCGGCUGUACCGCAAGGCGCUGCAGGUGGACCCCGGGCACCCCCAGAGCAUCCUGGGCCUGGGCCAGCUGGAGGCGCGCAGCGGCAACACCGACGCGGCGAUGCAGCUGUACCUGCGAGGGCUGCAAGCGCAGCCGCGCAACAUGCACCUGCUCUCCUCGCUGGCACACUUGCACGUGCAGCUGGGCGACCAGCAGGCGGCCCGCGGCGUGUGGCGGCGCCUGGUGGAGGUGGAACCGGCCAACGGCCACGCCUGCUACGCGCUGGGCUCGCUGGAUCAGCAGGAGGGGCUGCUGGAGGCGGCCGAGCUCUGGUACCGCCGCGGCUGCUCCGCCACAGAUGCCAAGAGCGCGCUGCUGUGCUACGAGGGCCUGGCCGAGCUGCUGGCCUUCCAGGGCAAGGAGCCGGCGGCGCGCAGCGUGUUUCAGCGCGGCUCCGAGCUGCCGCGCGUGACGGCGCGCUACUGGCGGCAGUGGGCCACCUUUGAGAAGCGCUGCGGGGACCUGGAGCGCUCCGCGGCGCUCUUCUGCAAAGCCUCUCAGGCGGACCCCCGGGAUGACCGCACCUGGCUGCAGUGGGGCCUGCUGGAGCGGCGGCGGAAGCGCCCCGACGCCGCGCUGCGCUGCUUUGCGCAGGGCACCAAAGCGUCGCCCCGCAACCCGUACCUGUGGCAGGCGAGCCGCGUGUAUGGCGUGCUGCUGUUCCAGCAGGGCAAGGUGGCGGAGGCGCGCACGGUGCUGUGCCAGGGUGUGGGACACAACCCAGGCAACCCGCAGCUGUGCAUGGAGUGGGCGCUGGCAGAGCAGGCAGCAGGCAACCUGGAGGAUGCGCUGGCGAUCUUUGAGCAGGGGGCGGCAGCGCCGGAGCCGCACGCGCCGCUGUUUGCCGCCUACGCCCAGCUGGCGGAGCAGCUGGGGAGGAAGGAGCUGGCGGCCGACGUGCGGCAGCAGUUGGAAAAGAUGCAGGGGGCGCUGCCGUGGGUGGCGGACUGA